AUCAAGAUAAAAACUAAAAAUGUUAUCUACAACGUGGUUUUUUUCAUAGACAUAAUUUGAAAAUAAUAAAUACCUAUCUAUUAUUUAAGUAUUUUGUGGUUUUUCUCAUUAUCCUGAGUCUUCGUUAUAAUAAUUUUUAAGAACCCAUUUGUAUCCUGGCUGAAAUAUGGGUAUUGAAAAAGCUAAUAAAUCAAAAAAUCGAAGAGCAUUUCUGAAAUGGAAAAAAGGAAAAAAGUUAGAAUCAAUACGAACAGCAAACGUUCAAAAAGCUUCUGCGCCUAAAAAACCUGAGAAAAAACCUGAACCACUUCCUUUAUCCCAGACUUUAGCUGAAUUUGUUAAAAAAACCGAAUCAAUGCAAGCUGGAUUUGUUGAAGUUGAAGAUGUAGAAGAAGAGUCAGGUUAUAAAAAUGUUGUGAAAUUGGAUAAUAAAACCUUUAAAGAUGAAUUCAGAAAAGUGGUUAGUGCUGCUGAUGUUGUUUUAGAGGUAGUUGAUGCACGUGAUCCAUUAGGAACUAGAUGUAAACGAGUGAUUGAAUCAGCACAAGACUUGGGAAAAAAACUUGUUGUGGUAUUAAAUAAAACUGACUUGGUCCCAGCCGAAAUAGUUCGUGAUUGGCUGUCCUAUUUCAGAGGGCAAUUAGGAACCCCAGCAGUACCAUUUAAAGCUAGUACUCAACAAGCAGGUUCACGAAUUGGUCAUAGAAAAAUGAAUAAGUGUAAAAAAGACACAGAAAAAGCUGUUAGCCUGUGUGUUGGUGCAGAAUUAGUUAUGACACUUUUAGCCAAUUACUGUCGUAGUGAAAAAAUGAAGACAUCUAUUGUUGUAGGUGUUGUAGGUAUGCCUAAUGUUGGUAAAAGUAGUUUGAUUAAUAGUUUGAAAAGGUCCAGAGCAUGUCAAGUUGGGGCUGUCCCUGGUGUAACAAAGAACAUGCAAGAAAUUCAAUUGGAUAAACAUAUUAAAUUAUUGGAUUGUCCUGGUGUAGUUUUAGAUAAAACAUCUACUACCAAUAGCGUAGGAUUGAAAAAUGUUGUAAGUUCUGGAAAUAUUGAAGAUCCUAUUGCAUGUGCUGCAACAAUUGUUGGACGUGUAACUAAAGAUCAGAUGCAAAAGUUAUAUGGAAUUGGACAAUAUGAUUCAUGUGAACACUUUUUAUACUUAAAAGCUAGACGAUUUGGAAACAUUGGUCGAGGUGGAAUUCCUGAUAUAUUCACAUCAGCCCGCAGCUUAGUUGAAGAUUGGAAUCGAGGAAAAAUAAGGUAUCAUACCCUUCCGCCAGAAAGUGAAACAGUCCACUUAAGUGCACAAAUUGUUACUAACGUAACAGAUGUAUUUAAUUUGGAUAAUGUGCAACGAAUAGAAACAGAAUUCAUGGAAGAACUUGCUAAGAUUCAACCUGAGUUAACUGGUGAAGGAGUGAAAACAGAUACGAUGGAUGUAGAUGGUAAAUCAAUGGUAGUAGUUGAUGAUGGCGUACAGGCUAAAAAAUCGGGAAAAUUACGAUGGAGAAAAAAGAAAAAAUCUGAGCCUAAUGAAAUGAAAAUUGAUUUACAACCCGGUGUUUUAAAACUGAAAAAAUUACAAAAGGCUAAUGCUAAAAAACAACGAAAGACAGCAUCUAGAUUGAUUAAAUGUGAACAAUUAUUAGAUAAUAUUGAUUUACUAUAGGAUAUGAAUAUUAUCUAAUUUCCUUGUAUUUAAUAUAAUAAAAUGUUUUAUUAUGAUCUAAA